UGAGUGGACUGGCGUGUGAUUGCUCUGGUCUGUGAAAUGUGUGUGUGUGUCAUUUUUACAGUUUCUUUCUAGCUCUGUUUCCCUGUUGUGCUAUUGUCGCUGGAUUAUAAGCACACGACGAUCAGAUUCGACGGUUCGUGCGAUAUAUCCUGCUAGAGAAAAGUGCGUGUUGUUUUGGGAGGAGCAGAGGACAAUGGAAAUGAGUACUGGAUGUGAGCUCUUUUGAUUGGUGCCAUGAACAGUUCGAGUGCUAGCCAUGCAGAGAAACUUAGGGCCCCAUCUUCCUCUUCUUCGUCUCGUCCCUCAGUGGCCCCUAAGCUGCAGGUGCAACGCUCACUCUCCCGAGAUACCAUUACUAUACACUUUUCUGCAAAGGGAAAUGAGAAAGAGGAGGAGGAAGAGGAGCUGUACAGGUUGGCUCUUUCACCUUCCAUUCUUGAAACUGAAGAUCAGAGUAUUAUAACUGCUCAGGAGGCUAGUGAAGAGCUCCUCUCUGAAGGAUUGGAGGUGGAUAUUUUUAAAGAAGUACCAUCUACCACAGUCCCCCAGAUCCACAGCUCUGCCUUGGCUAUACAGCAUCCCUCCAUUAGCCUCUGUUGCUCAUCCAAUUCUAGUCCUGUUAGCUUUUCAUGGCCCUCAGAACAAAAGUUGAAUUCCCCCUUGUCUUCUGCUCAUUCGGCCUCCUCCAGCUCAUCCCCAGCCAAGUCCUCUACUCUACCAUCAAAACCUUUCCUCAGCCUGGUGAAGUCUCUCUCCACUGAGGUGGAAUCUCGUGAAGCACCAACAGUUGCCCCCCAAGCAAUGAGGCAUCGUCAUCUGAUGAAGACCCUAGUUAAGUCUUUAUCCACUGACACAACCCGACCUGAACCAGAGUCUUCAUCCACUACCCGGCCCCAAGAUUCCCGGCUCAAUCUGCAUCUUUUUAAACCAUUCACUCAACAACGCGUUCCCCCUCCCAGUGGAGAUUCGAAAACUGCUCCUUCUUCCCCCCUUACCUCACCCGACAGCCGCUCCUUCUUUAAGGUUCAGGAGGUGGAGGCACGUAUUGAAGAUACAAGGCGGCGCCUAUCAGAGGUCAUGUCUGAGCCCCUUCAGCUGCUCAGCAAAAUCAUUGGUGAGGAACCUAGUGGUGUCAGCACAAACACUUCCACAUCCACAACAACAGGAGUCUCCUACCGGUCCAGAAAUCUUUCCUCCAGUGCCUCUGACCUCUCCAAUCUGUCUGCCCUCAAUGGCCACUCAGAAAGCAACAACAACUACUGCAUCAAGGAAGAGGAAGACCUGGAGGUGGACAGUCCUCUAGAGGGUGCAGCCAUUAAAUUGCCUUUGCACAGAUCACCCUCACUUGGUUUGGAUAGGUGUUUCAUGUCGACUCUUGCCCGUCAGGAAGAUGAAGAAUUCUGUGAGCUCUACACUGACGACUUUGAGCUCUGCACUGACACAGAGCUGGAUGGAAAGGGCCUUUAUCCAUCACAGGUCCGACGAGAGAGUACUGGGGGAUGCAGUGAAGAACCAACUGAAGGAGGAGAAGAGGAGGAGGAAGAAGAUGAGUCUCCAGAAGUACCUCACAAUGGACUGAUUCUUCUGAUAUCUUUAGUUUAUGGUUGCUUUGUGUUGCCACUCCCUACCUAUGUGGGUUGGUUGUUAAUAGGAAUAGUGGCAGGAUUCAUGGUGGCAAUACUUGUUGUGUGGUUAUCUGCAAGGCACAGAUCUCCAAGAAGUCGUCAUGGCAGCUGGUUCAGAAAAGAGCAAUGGAACCGAGUUCCUCUGGAUAUCAAAGAACCAGGCAUCUACAAGGGCUGGAUGAAUGAGAUCUACUGCUAUGACCCAGAGACGUAUCACGCCACACACACUCACUCUGUGUAUGUGCGCCUGGAGGGUUCCGUUCUGCGACUGUCCAAACCAAACCGCAAUAUCCCCCGUCGAGCAACUUUCAACGAGCCCAAACCUGAUGUUACCUAUGUUAGCCAAAAAAUCUAUGACCUCACCAACAGUAAGAUAUACCUGGUGCCUCAAGGACUUGCCAGGAAGCGUGUGUGGAAUAAAAAGUAUCCCAUCUGCAUUGAGCUGGCCAGACAGGAUGACUUCAUGUCUAAAGUCCAGGAAGAUAAGACUGAGGUGAUAGAGGAGAAGACCCCUGCUGCAGGAGACAGGACUGAGGGGCUCUGCACUAGUGAAGAACCAAAGAAAGCGUACACAGAGCCGGUACUCUACCUGUUUGGGAGGACAGGAAGAGACAAAGAGGAGUGGUUUAGAAGGAUGCUCUUUGCAUCAAAACUGAAGUCAGAAGUCAUUAAGUCCUCAGGCCUGCCUAUAAGUUUGACUUACAGCCGCAGAUGUAGUCGAGGAAGUUUGGAUGAAGCGAUCCAGUCUCACCCCAGACAAAAGGAUCUUGGUGCCAGUGUCAAACAAAAAGUUUUAGAAUACAACAUCUACAUGGCCAAAUAUGUUAGUCAGUCUACAGUAAGCCCUGUCACGAGCCCUGUACAAAGCGCUGGAAGCAGCCCAGGAACAGUUAAGAAGUUUCCAGCCAGUUGUGGGCAGGAGUCUGAGGCUUGGGUCAAUGCUCUCUUGGGUCGCAUCUUUUGGGACUUUCUUGGAGAGAAAUACUGGGCAGACAUGGUGUCCAAAAAGAUUCAGAAGAAGCUGAGUAAGAUUAGGCUCCCAUACUUCAUGAAUGAGCUAACCCUAACCGAGCUGGACAUGGGCAUGUCCAUUCCCAAGAUCCUCAGUUCCUCCAAACCAUCGGUAGAUUACAGAGGCCUUUGGAUUGACCUGGAGAUCUCCUACACUGGGUCUUUUCUCAUGAGCCUUGAAACCAAGAUGAACCUGACUAGACUUGGAAAAGAGGGAGAAGGUAUUGGAGAACAGGGAAAAGAAGGACUCAGACAGCGCACUUAUUUCCUGGCUGACAGUGAUGAGGAGUCAUCCAGUGCUGGAUCAUCUGAUGAGGAAGAUACUGCAGAAGUGCCUGAACCUUCAGGAGUGGAGGGUUACACCGUGGGACACCGACCCAGCAAAAUCAUGCGCUUUGUAGACAAGAUCACAAAGUCUAAGUACUUCCAGAAAGCCACAGAGACUGAAUUCAUUAAGAAGAAGAUGGAAGAAGUGUCUAACACCCCACUGCUCUUGACUGUGGAGGUGCAGGAGUGUCACGGGACUCUCGCUGUCAAUAUUCCACCUCCUCCAACGGACAGGAUAUGGUAUGGCUUUAGAAGACCACCUCAUCUGGAACUGAAGGCUCGGCCUAAACUGGGAGAGAGAGAGGUCACUUUCGCUCAUGUUACCGACUGGAUAGAGAAAAAACUUGAUCAAGAGUUUCAGAAAAUCUUUGUAAUGCCAAACAUGGAUGAUGUCUGGCUGCCUAUCAUGCACUCUGCUAUGGACACGCGGUCAAGUUCCAUGAAGGAUGAAGAACAACCGGACCCUGAAGAAUCUCUUGAAGACAUGUGACGUGUGUGACACAUUUUUAUUAAUUAAAAGAUACCUGGGCUUACAAUUACAAGUGCCCUAUGGCUCAUUAAACAGAGCUGUGAAAAAUCUCAACACAUUCGAAACAAAAGGAAUAAAGCGUUUGCCAGUUUGCUUCUAAUUUGACUGGGACAUAUUUUUUCUCUCGAGAGGGUUUUAUGACAUUGGUGACAGCAGAACAGUAGCUGGGUUUCCAUCAAAACGUGAAACAAAUCGUUUAAAAAUUCAGAAAAAGGAAAUGCGGAUUUUUUUUAAGGACAUCGGCCAAGGACAACCUCGAGGCCAUUUUUUGGAUACAGCUAGACUAUCAAUCACGUGGGUUUAAUGUUCGCUACAUCAGAAUUUAUUCAGCAAAUGUGUUUCCGUCAUCCAUUAUUCGCAUGUACUCUUUUUCACAUAAGUCAAAAACCACCUCAUGCGGGCAUAAAAAGAUUUUAGCAAAUUAAGGGAUUUUUAUUCGAAAUUCGACCUUUCCAUCACUUUUUUAUGCAAUACUUUAAAAUGCGCAUAAAAUCAGUGCAAUGGAAAUCCAGCUAGUGUGUCUGGACGCACAUGCUGCUGCAUGGUCACAUGGCUUGGAUAGGGUGAUCUCAUCGAACAGGACAAUGCGGUUUCAGUAAAGUAUCAAAUAUAAGUUACAAGAGAAUCGCAGGGCACCAUAGGACCAGGAAAGGCCUAUCUGGCUCAGUGUGAAGUCUGUGCCACCUCGGUUUGACACGUACUGCCUUACCAAAAGUCCAGAGACUUUGGCAGUGAGAGCAUCUUAGCUCAUACAUUAGAACGCAAACAAUACUUGUGAUACAUUAAGGUCUCCAGUAGACUGGGCUGGACAGACUUGAAUCUGAAGACUCAGUGGACUUUUGGUAUGGCAAAGUGCUUGUUAACCAGCCUGGAGACUACAUUAUCUUAUGAUGUGUGCAUCCUCAUGAUGUACAGUAUAACUCCAAACAGCAGUUAUGUGUCUGAUAAUUCUAACAUAAACUAACAUAAGCCAAAGGGCACAUUUCUGAGACUUGUAUUUGUGAUUCCGCCUGUGAUUUAAUGAUUGUAAUGCUUCUAGACACUAGGCCUACUAGAUCCAUCAUUAACCUUCCAUUCACUGCUGCCUGAGCCCUCUGUGCGGCCUCUGAUUAUGCAAUGAGAUCAAUUUCACUGUGCUGAAGAGGGACACCAGCCAAUAAGCCCUUAUCCCCAAAUGAUCCCUAUAGAAGCAGCCUACUCCAAAGGAUAGGGUUCAACAGCUUUUCAUCUCUAGUCAGUCAUUGCCCCUUAGCAAUAGGCUGACUUUCAAGUGGUUUUCACCUGGCGGGUCUCGACCCAAAGUUUUGAAACGCUAAAUGCAAUUAAAAGGCACAAUAUCUGAGAUUUUUGCGUUAAAAUGUCUGAAAAUCACUAGCACUUUGUUAUAUAUUGUGUUUACUCGUGUACUUACAUUUGUUUUCAUUCUAAAUGUUUUUAACAAUGUUUUGGGUGCAAAGAAAUUCACAAUUUCACUUAUGUGGUACUUUGAUGUCACACGCGUGUUGAACACACCUUUGCUGCUGCGUUUAGGCCCACUUUGUUAUGCCUUUCCCCUGCUAGCUGUCCUCCAUCUCAUGUAUUGCUUACAUCAGUGGUUCUUUACCUUUUGCAGUUGGUGGAGACCUGGUAUAAGAACUCAUUUGUAUUACACUGUGUAACAUGAAAUUCCAAUUCACAUAUUAUUUGUGUUCAGUAUUAUUGGAGGACGUGUUUCCUCCAAAACAUGAAAUAAAUGAACCUUGCCUCAAACAAAUAAGAUGAGGACAAUGAAAGAAGUCAAUUUACAGCUUAUCAGACAAACUUUUUAGGGGUUGGCACAUAUGGUGAGCUUAUCGAUAAAGUGUCUACACUAAUAGCUUGAGAUCCGUCUUCUUCCUAUUACAAUGGGGUCGCACACCAAACAAAUUUGAACACAUUAUUUUCUACGAUUGUACGCUAACCGGCGGCGUCUGUUUGCGGCAUUCUGUUGGGACUCUGUGUGCGUCUGGUGGGCGAUACCUGUCAGUUGUCUUAGACAUGACACGUUAACGCAUUGCGCUUCAAUUAAAAACCAUUGACUUACAUUUCACGAGUACACACCAGGCUUGUUGCGAUAGUCUCACACGUUGGUAGGCCUUUUUCCUGAUUACAUCAAUUGCCCACCGUGGCACCACCACUCACCUUACAUUUUAGUAACAAAAUAAUUUAGUUCAUUUAGAGAGGAGGCAAUACAAUUGAAAAAUAAAAGUUUCUACAUGUGACCACAAAACUGUCGGCAGGGUAUAUUUGUAGCAAUAGCCAACAAUAUAUUGUUUGGGUCAAAAUUAGCCAUUUUUGUGCCAAAACCAUUCGGAUGUUAACUCAACUUCAUGUUCCCUAUAGAUAGAUGAUAAUAGAUGUAAAUUGUUUAACCAUGCAAACCCACAUUUCCUAUUAAUCAUCUUCAUGUUUUAAAAGCUUGACAGGACUAUACACAUUUGCAUAUCUGCAUAUAUAAAUAUAAUUUUAUUUAGAUGAUGUUUAAAUCUCAAUUUUAAAAAAUUCCCUAUGAAGGGGUUCAACCCGGCACUCAGGUCGAAUAUCUAGUUUGUGGUAGGUGCUCUCGGGGUAGGGAAAAAUUCAAAGACGGAAUGAAUAAAAAGCCUUUAUUGAUUAUGGCUUACAUCAUGUUAAAAUCGAAAAGUCAACAUGUUUCAACCAACAAGUGGUCUUAUUCGGGGCAAAAAUUCCCUUUUGAUCCAGGAUCACAUAUAUUCUUCUAUAUAUUAUACAUUUAAUAUUUUUAUUACAAUAUUUUUUUCCUGUAAAGCUGCAUUGAAACCUCAGUGCAACAUCAUAAUAGUGUGCUAUAUAAAUAAAUUUUACUUGAUUUGACUUCAUGUGGUGUUGCACUGCGCAGACCAUUCUGCGGAUGUACAUGACAUAAAAAACUUUAAAACAGUAAUUUUUUAAGGUAAGCCAACAGAUUGGCUUGAUAGAAAUGAUAAACAAAGUGUCGUGUCCUUAACGCAAAAAUCCUAAGCUCUGCGGCAAUACUCGUGCGGUACUGCGCAGAUCAAUUGUGUGUAUGACAUCAAAGUAUUACAACAAAGAACUCCCAUCAUUCCAUGCUUCUUCAAAGCAUCAUAAAGCUACAUCAGUGUUGUUGUUUUUGCUACCUCUAAUGGCGAAUAUUGCAUAUUGUGCCUUUAAAUGCAUCUAACUAUAUAAUUACACAGUUGGAAAAGAUGCAUAGAAUGAAAAAGGAAAAGCAUUUUAUGCUUUUGAUUCUGUCCUCACCGGUCUGCAUGAUAUGCCCUUGUCCUUGACAAUCGUGAAGAAAACAAUGCAAGGGAAUAAAAACAGGGACCAGACUACUAUGAAUAAAAACUUACUGGAAAACAAAGUUUGUAAAAUUCAAUAUUAAACAUGCCAAUUUUCCCAUUCAACCAGUAAUCAUUUUGCACAUUCCUGUUUAUGAAGUUUGUGGUUAUUUAAAUUUGAUUUUAAUGUUAAUUGAUGUAUUUAUGUUUGUAUGAUCAUUUUGGUACUUUAGUCACUACUUGAUUGUUCAAUGGAAAAUCUGGGUCUUGAACCAACUGCACUAUACGUUAAAUUGCUCUUGAGAUCAGUGAUCAACAUCAAGUGCUAUUCUUUUUUUUAGUCACACUUUAUAUUAGGUGGUCUUAAUUAUUAUAUACUUGACAUUUGAUACAAUUUGCUUAUUAUGUAAGUACAUGCUUGUGCAUUGUAAUUACAUUUAAAGUACUGUAAUUAAUGUGUGUAGUUUCACUUUUAAUCUUACACUUAACCAUAACCCAACCCACAAUCUAACCCUAACCAUGCCCUCACUCCUAAACGUAACCACAUCUCAAGCUCAUUAGCAGUACAUUUCCAUAACAACAUGUAGUUUCACAGCAAAUCCAUAGCCUUGCAUUUACGUUUGUACAUAGUAGUUAAGGCCACCUAAUAUAAAGUGUGACCCUAUUUUCAACUACAAUAAACCCGUAUGUUGUAGACAUGUGACGCUUGUUGAAUGUACAAAUACUCGCAUCGGCUGUUUUGUCCAUGUUUUCUUAUUAUCUGUGUUAUUUCCUGUCAGGUUCAGUUUUAUUUCCUCUGCUUGCUUUCAUGUGCAUUAAGUCACAUUCAAUACUUUUUGUUUGACUAUUAGUGGCCAUUUAAGAUAUAAGUCUCGGUUAUUUCUAAUCUACCUGUAAAUGUUAUGAGAGUCUCUAUCUUAGCUGGUGCUAAGGUGUCUACAAACAUGAAUUAUGAUUUUUCAAAUACUGUAUCAACAUUACAUUUGCUUCUAUUUCAAAUUGUUUUGUCAAACUGUACGCUACAUUAUUGCCAUUCACAACUGAUCUUGUGCAAUCCCCAGCUGCCAUAUCUUUUACACUUUGUAAAAAUAUUGCUUGAAUUGUGUUCAGAUGUGACAACAUGAUUGUGUGUAAAAAUUGAUAAACAGCUUUUGCAAAAUAA